CAGUCGCAGAUCUCGGGUCUGCUAAUACUGGGGAGUUUUCUAGUGGUACAUAUACGUUGGCCUGUGGGCGAUGACUUCGACCAGUGACAAUCGCGUCAGCAGAUUGGGAAUGGCAAGAGAUGCAGGAAGCCUCGAAGAGGUAAAGAGUUACAUGUACGCUGAUGCUGUCCAUUCUCUGGACUUGUUCCGCGACGAAGGAACGAAGUAUUCCUCAACGGCCCUCUCGGUGGCGAUUGACAAGAACCGACCGGAUAUGGUGCGGAUCUUAUUAGAAAAGGGAACUUCACCGGAAACGUACCACGACGAAGUAUACGGGAAACCAAUCCUUGCUGCUGCACGAGUCCGGAGUGCUGUGAUAACUCGGUUGCUUCUGGAUGCAGGAGCGAACGUGGACGUCACCGACAAAUAUGGCUUCACGCCAUUGAUCGUUGCGACGAGGAAUGGAGAUCUCGGACUCGUCAAGUUGCUCCUUGAGCGAGGUGCCAAUCUAGAGCAUGUGACUCGUACGGAACCUCUACCUGAGCGCCAGAAUAUCGAGACCAACUCAUCACCAAGUGAUUGGUUUGAGAAGGAGAUGGAAUCAUGGGAUUCAAGUAACCCCCUCAUCGAAGCAUGCCGGUACAGACACUUGGAUGUCGUCAGGGAAUUGUUAAAACGAGGUGCGGAUAUUUCGAAGAUGACAUCCUUGGCCAACACUGCUUUGCAUGUCGCCGCCGUGGGCGAGAGGAAGGAAAGGUAUAUUCCAAGCGAACAUGCUCAAGCAGUGGGUAAUCUAGAGCAGACGUCACUGCCACCAUGUCCAGAGAUUGUUUACAUUUUGCUGCAACAUGGCGCCGAUGUUGGUGCGAGGAAUCGGUUUCAGGAAACUCCUGUCAUUGCGCUUCUUGCCGAAAUUGACAGGAUUACAGGUAAAAAAGUGACAGAGACUUCAAAAGAGUGUCUUGAUUUCUAUUACCUUACUUUCUGCCUGCUGGUUCAGGCAGGUUCGCUUAUCAGUUCAGAUUGCCUGACAAACAUCCCGGCUACCUACAAACCUAGAGUUAGGGAGCGAAGUAGUAAUAGGCCUACACCAGAUGUGAGCUCGAAGCUCAGCCUGUCUAUUCUCACAAGAGCUCACGCCACGUUUAAGUACCUCAAAGAUCGGACUUGUCUGCUAAAGAAACCAUCAAGUGCAACAUACACUCGCAUUGGUAACUCAAAUAACGAACCUCAAUUACAAAGUGAAGAUCAGUCUGGUCCUGAAAGAACACAGUUGAACGAUCCUUUUACUAAAGCAGUGGAACUCACGGUUGUCUCUGGACUCGAUUUGCCGGUCGCGGAAUUGGAUGGCGUAUCGAAGAUAUUGGGAUAUGCCAUCUCGAGGCCCUCUUGUCUUCGUCAGUUAUGUCAAAUCAAAGUCAGGGAAGAAAUCAUGAAACCACAAGUGGGUAACAUAAUCUCAAAGGUGUCAAAGGAACGCAGCCUACCCUUGUACUUGAAACAGUGCAUUAUGCUGGAACGCGAUGUACCAGUAGUUAGUUUGGUGGACCCAGAUGAUGCGCAUUGUGCUCCAUGAAUAAUUGACUAAACCUUU